AUGGCCCCAAUCACCACAGCCUCGGAUGAAACCACGCAUCAAGCCUUGCUAGACAAGCUCGAUAUUUACGCAAUCCCAAAGCCGUUUCGCAAUCCGCACUGGAAGCCGCCUCAACGCCGCAACAAGAAUGUGAAACAGAUCAUCGCGGAUGCUACACGCAAAGAAGCAUCAGUCAUGGCGACCCAGAACAACAGCGGCGUCUCCACACCCAUUCUCCCACACUCCGACGCUGUCACUGGUGGCGCCACCACACCCAUCAACAACACUCACCGACCUCCCAAUAUUGCGCAGGCUGCACAGAGCCUGAGCACCCUCGUGCUUGAGAGGAACAGUAGGGCUGCGGUGUACUCGGGGACGGGGAUCGGCAAUGGCCCUGCAGCUACCUACACGAAUAUUGAGUCGGCACCGAGCUUCCAUCCAAGCAGCCAAAGGAGAUACUGUGAUAUCACCGGUCUGCCUGCUCCGUACACAGAUCCAAAAACGAGGUUGAGAUAUCACAACAAGGAGGUCUUUGCGGGUAUCAGGGUAAUGCCACAGAAUGUCACUGAAGGAUACUUAGCAGCAAGAGGGGCGCACACCGUUUUGAAAUGA